AUGGACAGUACUAGGCAAAAAAGAUGUUGUUACUUCCGCCACGUCCGUAUAAAAGACGGCGCUGGAGAGCACUCUGACAUAAGCACAGAUAGGGUUCGUCGGAUAAUGCUGAAAAUCAUUGCUCUUUGCUUCCUCCUUGUGUACUUUAAAGCCUCUGGUGCUGUUCAUCCCGCUUGCUACGAACCGUACGCCCCUGGACCGUGCCGAAACUACAGUAUCAACUACUACUACGAUCCCUACAACAACACUUGUCAUCCCUUUUACUACGGAGGUUGUGGUGGCACUCGCAAUCGUUUUUACAGCUGGAAGGCCUGCAUGUUCGUCUGCACCAGGCGCGACUUUUCGUGGAUCCUCAAACCCGAGUACUCUUAUGAGCCUUUAGAGGGUCUAUAUGAUGAGAAUAAGUGA